CAACAAGAAAGAUUAGAGAAAGCCCAAAUAAGGGUAAUGGAAAGAGAUAUAUUAACAUCUUCUAGCUCAGUUUAUGCCGAAGAUUAUGCUGAAGUUUACUUUGACGAUGAAGAGGUUGGUGAAAUUGAUGAUAGAAGUAAUACAGAAUCAGAAAAACAAUUAAAUGUAAAUACUACUCCUAAGCCCCUUCAAGCAUUUAGUGCUGAAAAGCACCCUACACUAUCAAUUAUAUAUCCCAUUAUUGAACUUCUGAAAUUCAAAUUUGCAGUAGAUCCUAAUUUGCCCUUAGUCGAUGAUAAUUAUAAUCUAAAUAAUAAAUAUGAAUCAGAUAUAGACAGUAGUAGCGAAGACGAAGAGGAUUAUACUCAAGAUAACCUUAACGUUCAAUCAACA